AUGCCCUCCAUGCGUUUCUUGCUUUGGACUUGGCCACUCUGCUUGGCGGUCCGGCAGCGAACUGCUCUUCCGCGGAAGAUCGCCUGUGUGGGGGACAGCCUCACGGCAGGCUAUCCUUUCGACUCGGAACGUGGCAACGAUCCAGCUGUGUCCGGCUACCCUUACCACCUGCAGCAGUUGUUGCAGAACCAUGAGGUGAAGGGCACUCUCAAACGGAUUGAGGCCAGCUUGAAGAUGCUUGUUCCUGAGGUGAAGAACUUUGGGAAGGGCGAGACAACAGUGGUUUCGGGCAGUAAGAGCUACCAAAGUGCUUGGUACAACAGCACCUGGCAAGACGCGCUGGCCUUCAAUCCGGACCAGGUCCUAUUGAUGUUUGGAGCCAACGAUGUCAAGGAGAGCCGGCUAUCCAAGUUCCAGACAGAGUUCGAGGAAGCCUACGGAAAGCUUAUCGGCUCCUUCUUGAACCUCAGCCCGCGCCCAGAAGUCUACCUACUCAUCCCGCCGCCGAUGUACGACAACAACAUCUACGGGCCGGAGUUCGAUCCCCCCGGGAGGGCAGGGGGAAUGCAGCAGACGAUCUUCAACGAGCAGCUUCCUUCAAAGUUGCGCCAUCUCGCGGAGCUCUGGCAGAUCCAGACCAUCGAUCUCCACCAGUGCUUCCUGAAGCACGAUACUUGUGGCGACGUUCAUGUGAACUGUUGCGAUUGGGAAACUGCCAAGCCUCCACGAAGGACAGUGCGCAGCGCGCAGUCUACGGCUUCCCGGGAAUCCAGUGUCUGUCUGGCGCACGAAGAUGCCAUCCAUCCGAAUGAUGAGGGCUACCGGAACAUCGCGCUGAUGUUGAAAAGGGUGGGCGUGCCCAUGCGGCUGCUUCUCAGAGCUGGGACCAUGGUGUUUUUCCGGCAUGACCAGAUGGACUACAGGUAUCUCCCGGACCAUGAUGACUGCCUCGUCAUGCAAACGUGGCUGAUGGACAAGGCUGAGCCUCUGCAGUUUCGGCAGCUUCCAAAAUGCCCAGGAGAGCAGGGCUGCGACCGAGUUCACGUGAAGUCCAUGACAGAGCGUUUCCCGGCGGGUGCGGAGAAUUGCGACAUGAGCUUCGCGCUCUUCACUGCUGGAACGGACACGCUGCUCGAGCCGCCAAUGACGCGCUUCGACAAGGAUCUUUACUACGCGCCAGAGCGGGAUGCACCGAUGCGGGGCUUGGCCUACAUCAUGCAUGGUUCCUUCGUCACCGAAGACCAGCUGAUAGGAUUUGACAACGACUUUUUUGGCAUCGAUCUCGAGGAGGCGCAGGCCAUCUCGCCCAGCCAGCGAUGGGUCCUUGAGGUUGGCUACGAGGUGCUGUGGAAGGCAGGCUGGACCAAGUCUGCCCUGCGAGGCAAGCGGGUGGGCACGUACAUGGGCGAUUCGGGCAGCGAGUGGAACUUGAUCUACCAGAGGCAGGACCGCUACUUGCUCACCAACAACUCGGGCUUCGUGACAUGCUCUCGGCUCUCGCAUUGCCUUGGACUCACGGGGCCGAACGUCACAGUAGACACAGCCUGCUCAGCUUCCUUGGUGGCGACCAAUGCUGCUGCCCACAUGAUGGUAAGGCGGCACACGCGCAUCGGGGAAAAGAUUGCGCCACUCUCCGAGGACAACAUGAAGGAUCAAGCCCAGCUCAAGUAUGCCGUUUGCAUGGGCGUCCUGGUGAUGCUGCAUCCAGCUGGCUGGAUCGGUGAGUGCGCGGCAACAAUGCUUUCCUACAAGGGACGUGCCUUUACGUUUGACGUCGGUGCUGAUGGCUUCAUCCGCGGGGAGGGCUGCUGCGGAGUGCACAUUGCUGCUGAAAACGACGGAGAGCGCGCAGCGGGAGAGCGGAGUCUGGCGAUAUUGCUGGGCAGCUGCGCCAAUCAGGAUGGUCGCUCAGCUUCACUUACUGCACCCCACGGCCCAUCGCAGCAGAUGUGCAUCCGAGCCUCACUAGCAGAGGCACGGCUGUCACCCGGCGAGGUCCAAAUUGGUGAGUGCCACGGCACCGGCACUGCCCUGGGCGACCCCAUCGAAAUUGGUGCGAUGAAGUCUGUGCAGAUGGGCAAGCGCAGCGACAACCCGCUCCUGCACGCAUCAGCGAAAUCCAACGUAGGCCAUGAGGAAGCCAAUGCUGGCACCUGCGGCUUCAUCAAGGUUGUGAUGCUGCUGAAUGGCGGAGUGUCCACGCCGAACCCGCACCUGACCACCUUGAAUCCACACCUGGACGUGGCAGCAUAUCCUGUGAUGUUCACGAAUGAACUCACGUGCAGCUCCAAACGGGAUAUGUGCUGCGGAGUCUCCUCCUUCGGUUUCGGGGGAACCAACAGCCGGGCAGACAUGUGGCUGGGCUGGGUUUGGUCUGGGAGGGGUUUAGGGCUUGGAGGGCUUUGUAGGCUUGAUGGGGUUCAUAACUGGAGGUUGUGGGUGUGGGCCUCAUAG